AUGCGGCCCCGGUCAGUGGCGCGGCACCUGUUGGCGGGCGUCCGCAAUCCCCGACGUUGGCUGUACGCAAAAGUAGUAGACACCAUGAGAGAGAACACCAAUGACGUCAACAAUGUUGGUGGUGCGUCGGUCAGCAAGGUCAGAGGAUUACGCCCAUGGGUGUGGCUGCGUCUGCACCCCGUGGAAAAGUGGACGACGCUUGUCGAUCUCGGGAGGCGUGCCCCAUCGCUGCUUGAGAAGUCCUUCUGUGUUGCAAAAGGAAUUGGAAAAGAGGAAGGAACUUCGGUGAGCGUUGUUGCCCGUUUGUUUCGUUGGCGUGAACUAAAGAUGGAUGUUGCAAUGCCGCAGGCACGACUCUCGCCCUUGGCAUUGAGACGACAUCAUCUGUUGGUUCAAAAGCUUCCGUAUUGUUUGCGUCUUCGACUCUGUUUGUCCUUCUUGCUUUGGGUGCGUUCCCUGCGGGAUGUGCAGGAUACGCUAGCACGCCUUAGGCUGCCGUACGCCAAUACGCGUCGCGUGCGGCGUAGUGUGGUGGCUGACGUCUUCCCGACGCGUAUGAUGGAGCGCUUUGUUGACUCCUUCACAACGGUUGCAGUAAAAAUAGAUUCUGAAAUUAAUGCGACCGCGGAGCAGGUGCCCGCGCCGCAUGCAUGGAACCCUGAACAAGAAGAAGGGGCGGAAUUGGAUGAAAUAAGGAGGAGAAAACUUAUGCGUAAAAGCGUAACAGGCAGUGGGGGACGAUUUGGCAGGGGCAGCGGAGAAUGUCACGGUGAACGUGAAAGUCUUUAUCGGCCUGGACGAAAUCGGAAGGAUAUCUUGCUUGCUGUUCAGGACAUGAAGGCGAGGCCAAGCGAUGACGACAGGUUAGCCAGACGGAGGGCGCGGAACAGUUUCCGCUCAUUUAAACAAUCCCCUUUUGUGUCUUGGGCUCGGCGAAAAACGAUGUCGUGCGUAUCGCCCCCAUGGUCAAUGAACGAUGCAUCCCGCUCUGCUCUUCCCUUCCCGCUUGCCAUCGACCACAAGGAGGACGAAGAAUACCACCGCAACUUAAUCCGAGGCGAAGGAUGCCCAAUUGACGAGAAUGGUCGCUUGGAAUCCGUUCCCAUUCAUGUUGAGGUACCACCUGCAGCAAAUCUAUUAGACUUGGAACGCUUCUGUGUCAUGGCGCACGCGGCAGUGUUGUCUUCCUUAUUUGUGGAGGGGCGCACGGUGUGCUUUACAACAAAUCAUUCUUUGCUUAUGGAGUAUGUCCUGUUCCUUUUUGAAGAAUUAACUGAAGAUGGCUGGGUAUCCGUAUCGUUGUGCGAAGAGCCUCUCCGUCCCUACAUACCGGCUUGGUCUACCAGGGAAACUGUUGUAGUGUUGCUUCCAUCCAGGGAAGAAAAUUCAUAUCGUUUGCGUGAUCUUCGUAACAUGGCCGACAUGAUUCUUCAGUAUGCUCCUUGUAGCGUUCUUGUUGAGGCGGUGCCGUGUGACCAGAUGCGGUUUUACACCAAAGUUCUGAUGGAAGAGGUAAAGAAGCAGCGGGCAUCUGUUGUUACUCCACAAACGGAAGCUCAUUGGCGUGUAUCGUGGGUUCCUGUAUCACACUCCACGACCUUUGGGAGCAUCAACAAAAAUACGAAUGCUGCAAAUGAUGAUUUCCAAUUAGGUGUGAAUGAAAUUUUGCGUCAGUUUUAUGCGGUGACGUUUAUUUACAUGCCCUCCAACUGCCGGUUCACCCCCCGACAAGUGCAGGAUUGGUGGUGGCAUAAACUUCCUAGCAACAUCCAUAUCGUUGCUGUGAAUAGCCACGCGCUGGACCUCUUGUAUUACUUUCCGCAAGCACCUUUCCUGCGGAAGAAAAUCGGUAACUCGUUUCGAUACCGUGCAGUACAGCGUGUGCUGUUGGGCAAGAAUGUUCACGGUGGGAGAGAGGAUCCCAUGCGUCAUUGGGUGCAUCGGUGGCUCUGUUUGCGUGGGCCUUAUCGGACAGGCCUGUGCAGUGCAAUGGCGCUGAAGGAAAAGGCAAGAGUACUUUUGGCCGACCAAGAAAACGUCCGAGUGGACGAUGAUGAUGAUGAGGCUGUGGAUGCGUUAAAGUGGGAGCGAACCGUGGACUACCUGGCGAACCCAAGUAGAUUUCACUGGAUUGCGUUGAUGGCAGCGAAGCUGUUUCGUGUGUAG